GAUGUCGCCUGCGGAGAGAAAGUCCUCGGCUCGCUCGGACUGUCGGGGGGCCAUGGAACCUCUGCGGAAGGAGGCAAAGGAUAAUCCGUCGGCUUCAGCUAAUCUUCUCUCCAAGAUUUUCUUCUGUUGGCUGAAUCCCUUGUUCAGCAUCGGGUACAAGAGGAAAUUGGAAGAAGAUGACAUGUACAAAGUUCUUCCUGAAGACGCAUCUGAUCGACUUGGAAAUGAAUUACAGUGGUACUGGAAUCAGGAAGUUCAACAGGCAGCGAAAGAUAUGCGGCCACCAGAACUUACCAAACCUCUCAUUAAGUGCUUCUGGAAGUCGUACUCAGUCAUUGGAAUAUACAUCUUUAUAGAGGAAAUAAUCAAAGUCGUUCAGCCGGUGCUACUUGGGAAGCUGAUUGAGUACUUUGAGAGUUAUGACCCCACUAAUUCAGCCGCAGUCAAUGAGGCUUACGGCUACGCUGCAGGCAUCUCGCUGUCCACCCUCGCCUUGACUAUCCUCCAUCAUCUCUAUUUCUAUCACGUCCAACGAGUAGGCAUGAAGAUCCGUGUGGCCAUGUGCCACAUGAUUUAUCGAAAGGCUCUUUGUCUUAACAGCGCAGCAAUGGCCAAGACGACCACAGGACAGAUUGUGAACCUCUUAUCCAAUGAUGUCAACAAAUUUGAUGAGGUGACCUUAUAUUUGCACUUUCUGUGGAUCGGUCCUCUUCAAGCAGGAUCUGUGAUAGUGUUAUUGAUGUACGCGAUCGGUCCGUCAUGUCUUGCUGGAAUGGCCGUCUUCUUCGUCCUGAUGCCAUUGCAGACCAUGUUUGGGCGUUUGUUCUCCGUUCUCAGGGCUGAAACAGCGACGUUGGCAGAUGAGAGAAUUCGCACAAUGAGUGAAGUCAUUUCUGGGAUCCGAGUGAUAAAGAUGUACGGGUGGGAGAAGCCCUUCGGUGCGCUGGUGGAUGAGGUCAGAAGAAUGGAAAUCUCCAAGAUCAUGAAAAGCUCGUACCUGCGCGGCCUGAAUAUGGCGUCUUUUUUCGUGGCCAGCAAGAUCAUCAUCUUCAUCACCGUCUGCGUUUACGUACUUUCAGGCAACACGUUGUCUGCCAGCAGAGUGUUUAUGGCCGUUUCCCUGUACGGGGCGGUCAGACUCACCAUCACGCUCUUCUUUCCCUUCGCCAUAGAGAAGGUCUCCGAGUCUCUCAUCAGCAUCCGAAGGAUUAAAAAGUUUCUCCUGCUGGAUGAAGUCGCUCCUCACCACCUGGGACUCCCUGUGGCAGACAAGAAGGACUGCAUGGUGAAAAUUCAGGAUUUGAUAUGCUACUGGGAUAAGACUCUUGUAGCUCCAACUUUACAGAACGUCUCCUUCACAGUGAGGCCCGAGCAGCUCCUGGCAGUAAUUGGACCUGUUGGAGCUGGAAAGUCCUCGCUUCUCAGUGCCAUACUGGGCGAGCUGAGUCAGGAAAGCGGUGUCGUCAAGGUGAAAGGAGAGCUGACGUACACAUCUCAACAACCCUGGAUUUUACCCGGUACGAUUCGAAGCAACAUCCUUUUUGGCAAGGAGCUCGACCCCAAGAAGUACGAUAGAGUUGUGAGAGCCUGCGCCCUCCAGAGAGACUUGGACCUGUUGCCAGGUGGUGACUUGGCAUUGGUCGGGGACAGAGGGUCCAACCUCAGUGGAGGACAGAAGGCAAGAGUCAGCUUAGCAAGAGCAGUGUAUCACGAUGCAGACAUCUACUUACUGGACGACCCGCUCAGUGCUGUGGAUGCUGAGGUGGGCCGGCACCUCUUUGAAGAGUGCAUUUGUGGACUUUUGAAGAAAAAGCCUCGUGUCCUGGUCACUCAUCAGCUCCAGUAUCUGAAGGCAGCGGAUCAGAUUGUUGUCCUAAAGGAGGGCCAGAUGGUGGCACGAGGAACUUACAAUGAAUUGCAGGGCUCUGGACUCGACUUCACCUCCCUGCUUAAGGAGGAUAAGGACCAGGAGGAGGACAGGCAGGACAUGACCCCCAUCCCCGGCACGGUGUCGCGCUUCCCCCACACAGUGUCUGACAACUCCACGUCCUCCAGGUCUUCGCUGGCCUCCUCUCGGUACUCUCUGAUUGACACAGCAGAGCCACUUGCAGGGGUAGUGCAACCGACAGAGGAGGAAAGCCGCUUAGAAGGAAACGUCGGCCUGCGUAUGUAUGUGAAAUAUUUCAUGGCAGGCGCGAACUUCCUGGUCCUCCUGGUGCUCAUUUUACUCAAUGCCUUAGCACAUAUUACAUUUGUUCUGCAGGACUGGUGGAUUGCGUGCUGGGCCUCUGAACAGAAGCACAUCAGUGUGACAGAGCACCUCAAUGGCAGCUUUCCUCGGCAGCUGGACCUUGACCUGUACCUAGGUGUUUACGCAGGUUUAACAGCCACUUCAGUUGUGUUCGGGUUCCUCCGCUGCUUGAUCUUCUUCAACGUCCUCGUGAGCUCGGCCCAAACCCUGCACAACAGCAUGUUCAACGCCAUCCUACGGACCUCGAUACGUUUUUUCGAUAUCAACCCAAUAGGAAGAAUCCUCAACAGGUUUUCGAAGGACAUUGGUUACCUGGACUCUCUGCUUCCAUGGACGUUUGUGGACUUUAUCCAGGUAUUUCUCCAGGUCAUUGGAGUGAUUGCAGUAGCCGCCGUCAUCAUCCCCUGGAUCCUUAUUCCCGUUGUUCCUCUGCUUGGUAUCUUUCUGUGUCUGCGAUGCUACUUCCUGAGGACCUCCAGGGACAUCAAGCGCCUAGAGUCUACUACUCGGAGUCCCGUCUUCUCCCACCUCUCCUCCUCUCUCCAAGGCCUGAGCACCAUCCGUGCCUUCAAGGCUCAGCAGCAGUUUCAGCAAAUGUUUGAUGCAUAUCAAGAUCUUCACUCAGAGGCCUGGUUCUUAUUCCUGACUACAUCUCGCUGGUUCGCUGUCCGUCUCGAUGGAAUUUGUUCAGUGUUUGUAACUAUUACUGCUUUUGGCUGCCUCUACCUCCGCGAGGGCUUGGAAGCAGGUGCAGUGGGUCUGGCUCUGUCCUAUGCUGUUACACUCACUGGCAUGUUCCAGUGGGGCGUCAGACAAAGUGCAGAGAUCGAGAACAUGAUGACAUCAGUGGAGAGAGUGGUUGAGUAUGCAGAGCUGGAGAGUGAGGCACCGUGGGAGACGGACAAACAGCCUCCCAGUGAUUGGCCCAGGACAGGCUCCAUCACUUUUGACAGAGUCAACUUCUCGUACGGUGCCAGUGAGCCUUUGGUCCUAAAGAACCUGACUGUUAUCUUCACAUCCAGAGAAAAGGUUGGCAUCGUUGGACGCACCGGUGCUGGUAAAAGCUCCCUGAUCUCUGCCUUGUUCCGGCUGGCAGAACCUGAGGGAAGAAUAAUGAUUGAUGGCUUUCUGACUUCUGAGAUUGGUCUGCACACGCUGCGCCAGAAAAUGUCGAUCAUCCCGCAGGACCCAGUUCUCUUCACGGGCACCAUGAGGAAGAAUCUGGACCCUUUCAGGCAGCACACAGAUGAGGACCUGUGGAAUGCACUCCAAGAGGUGCAGAUGAAGGCCGUGGUGGAGGAGCUGCCCAAUAAGCUGGAGACAGUGCUGACGGAGUCAGGCUCUAACUUCAGCGUGGGCCAGAGGCAGCUGGUGUGUCUGGCCAGGGCCAUCCUCCGGAAGAACCGCAUCCUAAUUAUUGAUGAGGCCACAGCCAAUGUGGAUCCAAGAACUGACAGCCUCAUCCAGCAGACUAUCCGGGACAAGUUUCAAGAGUGUACAGUCCUCACCAUUGCUCACAGGCUCAACACUAUCAUUGACUGUGACAGAAUACUGGUUCUGGAUGCUGGCAGGAUCCAGGAGUAUGAUGAGCCAUAUGUGCUGCUCCAGAACCAGGAAGGGCUCUUCUACCAGAUGGUCCGACAGACAGGCAGAGCCGAGGCUGCCUCACUGCUGCAUACAGCCAAACAGGUUUACAUGAACAAAAAGCGGGUGACUGACGUGCGCUGUGCCAAGGACAUCAGUGUCAUCUUUGAGACGUCUCUUUGACGGUUUGGAGGGUCGCUGUGGUCCUCGCGUUGGCCGUCGGUGACCAAACUCUUUUACCACAUACACUUAGAUUCCUUCAUGUAAAUUAAAAUGCCUCCCAGAAGGCUUAGUGUAGUGUGUGCUGCAUUUGACUGGCGUAGACCUUUUGGUCUGGAACAGAAAAAGAGGCAAGUAUCUGAGGCAGCCUGUGCCUUUCACUGACAGCAUAUGACUGCAUGGCUGUUUAUUGAUUACACACUGCUAUGUUUAUGUAUGUGUGUUCUGGCCUCCUGGGUAUCUUCAACUCUGCACUGGUGCUCAAAAGAGUGCGGAUAUUGAAUUAUUAUAUAAUAUAAUUAUAAAUUUAUAUUGGUGGCUUAAAUGAUUCUUUUAAGGCGAGCAAUCGUUUUGCAGGACUCGAGUCUUUUCAUUAUUUGGAAAGUGCUUGUCAAAACGAGGAAGGAGACACGGAUGCUUUCAGUAAUCAUUGUGCCUUAAUCAGACUAUUGAUUCUUAGUAAUUGCACUGUUAUAAUUGAAUGGUCUUCCUGCACUUUCACUCCAGUGGGGGUUCUUUUUUGUCUACCUCAGCUCUUGCCAGUAAAAUAAACAGCAAAAUUAAAAUGGAACAUGUCAUGCAGGCAAUGAUACCAACACCAAAGAACACUGGACGGACCUUUAAUGCCUCUAAAGAGUUUUCUCCAGUGUAAUACUAACUCUCUGUCUUUACAUUUUUGAAUAAUGUAACGUCAUUGCUUUAAAAAUGUAGCAUUUCUACUUCGACAGUAGUAUGUACUGAAUGUAGUAUGACUACUUGUAGCUCAGUAUUUAUUCCCACGCUUUGAUUUCUGUGUCUUUGUUUGUCGUCUAUAGCACCAACUAGUGAAGGUAACAUUUUAUGAAGUUUGCACUUUGUAGAUGUUUCGUCAUUUAAAAAAAAAAAAGGUGACAAAUGUUCACAUAUAUUUUAGAUUAAAUUAUUAAAAU